AUGUUAUCCACCGCUAAAACUAAACAUGGAGCUCUCACUCUUUCUUCAAUUCUCUUCAAACACUUUUCUUCAAAUUCCACAACCCCAAAUCAAAUUUCCACAAUCCCAAAACAACCCCUGGCACCAACUGCUUCUGUUCUAUGUUCUCUGCUCUCUAAAGAAACCACCGCUAGUGUUGAUAGUCUGUUGGGUAGUUUCAAACAACAGUUGAGUUCAGAACUGGUGCUCCAAAUCUUGAUGAAUUAUAAGCAGCUGGGAAGGAGAAAGACUCUCGACUUCUUUUCCUGGGCUGGGCUUCAAAUGCAUUUUCAGUUUGAUGACUGUGUGGUUGAGUUCAUGGCUGAUUUCUUAGGUAGGAGGAAGCUCUUUGAUGACAUGAAGCAUCUUUUAUUGACUGUGUCAUUGCACAAGGGUGGUGUUUCGUGUCGAGCAGUUUCGACUUGUAUUAGGUUUCUGGGUAGGGAGGGGAGGAUUAGAGAGGCACUUUGUGUGUUUCAGGAAAUGGAAUCUAGAUUUGGGUGUAAGCCUGAUAAUCUUGUGUACAAUAAUGUGCUUUACGUGCUUUGUAAGAAGGAUUCAUCCGGGCAUUUGAUUGAUUUCGCGCUUGCUGUUUUCCGGAGAAUUGAAUCCCCUGAUGUGUAUUCGUAUAGUAAUAUGCUUGUUGGUUUGUGUAAAUUCGGUAGGUUUGAGACUGCUGUUGAGGUUUUUGGUGAAAUGUGUAGUACUGGUUUGGUUCCUACUAGGUCUGCUGUGAAUGUUCUUAUUGGAGAGCUGUGUUUGUUGAGUGCGAAAGAAGCAGCUGUUGCGAAAGUAAGAGUGAAAAAUGUUCGCAGGCCAUUUAAGAUUUUGGUUCCAAAUGUGCAUGAAAAGAGUGGUGCUAUCCAGCCUGCAGUUGGAGUGUUUUGGGAAGUUUAUAAGUUAGGCUUGUUACCUAGUACUUUUGUUAUAAUCCGACUUCUAUUGGAGCUUUCUAAACUAGGGAAAAUGGAAGAGGCUGUUGGGGUCUUGAGGGCUGUUGAGGGUAGGAAGCUGAGUUGUGUUGAAGAGGGGUACUGUAUUGUGAUGAAGGGUUUGUGUGAACACUGCUGUGUUGAGGAAGCUAGUCGUUUGUUUGGGAGGAUGCUCUCUCAGGGCAUGAAGCCGAGGUUGACUAUUUAUAAUUCUGUUAUUUGCAUGCUAUGCAAACUAGGGAAUUUGGAUGGUGCUGAAAGUGUCUUCAAGAUGAUGAACAAGAAGAGAUGUCUUCCAGAUAGUUGCACUUAUUCUGCAUUGGUCCAUGCUUAUUGUGAAGCUGGAAAAUGGAAAGCUGCUUAUGACCUCAUGAUAGAAAUGCUUGGGUUGGGUUGCUCUCCACCUUUUCACACUUAUAGUUCAGUGGAUAAACUUUUGAGAGAAAAUGAACAAACGGAUUUGUGUUUUAAAUUGGAAAGGAAGUUGGAAACCCAGAUCUUGGAGAAGCUAUGCAAAGAUGGUCAAUUAGAUGAUGCGUAUGAGAAGCUAAAGUCAAUGGUUGAAAAGGGGUUUUACCCACCAGUGUAUGCGAGAGAUUCUUUUAAGAAUGCAUUUCGUAAGUAUGGAAAAUUGAAUAUAGCUCGGGAUUUGUUACAGACGAUAGAUGACAUGGACAACAACGAGGAGAAACAACUUUGCACUCAAUGA